CAGUCCUUUUCCAGCAAAAAUACAGCUACUCCCAUUUUUUUCUUUAAUUCUUCCAUUUUCUCCUCCUCUCCCAUGUGAUUUCCACUCUCUCCCCAUCCCUUUUUAUCAAUACAUGCCCAGAUCAAUUUGGAGCAUUUGGAUGAUGGGUUCUUGAGGAAUUCAAUUAUUGAGCUGUGAGUGGAGUUCAAGUAGCUGAUUCAUCAUCUUCAAGUGCUAGUAAAUCAGCUCAAAAUGUAGUUACUUGUGUUUAUCAAUGUAAAUUACGUGGUAAUUCUUGUUUAAUUACUGUCACUUGGACUAAAAAUCUUAUGGGUCAAGGUCUUAGUGUGACCAUUGAAGAUUCUACCAAUCAAUGUCUAUGUAAAGUUGAUAUUAAGCCAUGGUUAUUCUCUAGAAGAAAAGGGUACAAAAAUUUAGAGGUGGAUGCUACUAAAAUUGACAUAAAUUGGGAUUUAUGUAAUGCAAAAUUUGGUGUUGGGCCUGAGCCUUUAGAAGGGUUUUAUUUAGCUAUUCAAUUUAAUAGAGAAAUUGUGUUGUUUCUUGGGGAUUUGAAGAAGAAAAUUGAGGGACUUGAAUUUCCAUUUAAGAGUAAUGCUAUUUUUAUUGCUAAGAAAGAACAUAUUUUUGGUAAAAAGUUUUAUGGUGCAAAGGCUCAGUUUUGUGAUAAGGGGCAGGUUCAUGAUGUUACUAUUGAGUGUGAUACUAUCGAUUCGAAGGAUCCGUGGCUAUCGAUCCGGAUCGAUAGUAAGAUUGUUAUGCAGGUUAAGAGAUUGAAAUGGAAGUUUAGGGGUAAUCAUACUAUAUUGGUUGAUGGUUUGCCGGUUGAAGUGUUUUGGGAUGUGCAUAAUUGGUUAUUUGGUAAUGCUAUGGGAAAUGCGGUUUUUAUGUUUCAAAGUUGUUUGUCUGCGGAGAAAAUAUGGAGUAGUCGAUCUGUGUUUGAUCCGUCGGUGUUGUCGUGUUCGUAUUCGCAGCGGUUUAGAGAUUACCAAUUACAAGGACUCGGAUUCUCGCUUAUUUUGUAUGCUUGGAAGAGUGAAUGAUAUUGUAUUUUCAAUUUCUGCUAUAUAUUUGAAGGAUCAUAGAUAAAUAGAAAAUGCAAUUAUGAGUUUA